UUCGACUCUAUAAAAUCGUGAAGAAAUCUAUGCUCGGUGCCCAGUGCAUCUUCAUCUACCGCUAUUCUGAAAAACAUGAUGCCUCAGAAUUCUCUAGCGCAUGCGCUCGUAGCCCGCUUCGGGCCGGCCAUGUUGUCGUUCAUGAGUCUUGUCCUUGUACAGACCACGAUUGGGCUCGUCUACAAGCUAUCUCAGGCGAAAGGAAAUUACAGAUUUUCCCAAGCAUCUGCAUUGGCACUUGCGGAAUUUACAAAGUUCUGCAUCUCGACAGCGCUUUACCGCAAGUCGCUGAAAAGUCGACCGGAUGCCUACAGUCUCGUACCUAACGAACAAACCUGGAAGGGGCGCCGUCAAGUAAAUGGACUGUUUCAAAGCUGGAUUAACGAAGUGCCACCAAAAAUGAUGAGGAGCAUCGCGAUGCUGACCCUGAUGUAUGGGACUAACAACCAUUUGACAUUCUAUCUGUUCCGUCUGGCGGAUCCUGGGACCAUUCAACUCGUCAAGUCCGGCUCGACACUAAUUUCAGCUGGAAUCCUAUAUCUUUUUCUCGCAAGAACUGUCAGCUCAUUGCAAUGGAUGGCAAUAGUCCUCCAGGUGUGCGGGUUGAUUGUCACGCAAUAUCGGGACGGCGGAACUGUCUACCCUAUCUCACUUUACGCGUUUCUCCUCAUCUCCACUUGCAUUACUUCGGUAUGCAGCUGCAUCAAUGACCAUCUGUUGAAGCAGCCAGUCUCAAUACACGCCCAAAAUAUGGUUCUGUACGCGAGUGGCUUCCUUCUCAACGUCACGGUUUAUUGCUGGCUUGCCUGGCGGCCAGGAAGUACGGAACCCGGAUUUUUCGAGGGCUACGACGAAUUUAAUGCCGUGAUGGUCGUUUUCAUGAAUUCGAUUAUUGGACUCGUCAUUACCGCUGUAUAUAAGUAUGCGGAUGCAGUUAUAAAGUGCCUGGCCCAAUCCGUUACAACGGCCCUUCUGAUCGUGUUGUCGACAGUUCUUCUUGGAUUGCCGAUAACACUAUUGACAGCCGUCGGAAGCAUCGUCCUGUUCGUCAGCACCUACUUGUAUUUGGGUUACGGUCCGUCUCGGAGCCCCAAUGCCACACAAAACACUUCCUGCGAAGGUUCGACUCGGCCUGCCUCCAAAAGUGCUGACGCCACCAAACGCCGACCGGUUCUGGGUGUUGUAAUUGUCGCCGUCCUGGUUUCAUGCCUUCUGGGAUUAGCUAUGUUUGGCGAUUCAUUUUCGAGCACCGCUAUGGUGGCCAAAGCUAGUCGGACUGUUGCCUGAUGUUUGGAGGGCGAGGGAAUCUGUUGGGCAAUGUGCUUGGGAGCAGCAUACAUACCUGCCUACAUAUAUAAAUUGAACAUGCAUAUGGUCAGUAGCCUUCAUACAACCUAAUGAGUCUUAGAUUGUUAAAAUGUGACAUUGAGAAG